AUGCAGCAACAGCACCUGAUGCAGAUGCAGCCUAUGAUGGCAGCUUACUAUCCCAACAACGUCACCACUGAUCAUAUUCAACAGUACCUGGAUGAGAACAAGUCCUUAAUCCUCAAGAUUGUUGAAAGCCAGAACUCUGGCAAACUCACCGAAUGUGCCGAGAACCAAUCAAGGUUGCAGAGAAAUCUCAUGUACCUAGCUGCAAUAGCUGAUUCUCAACCCCAACCACCUACCAUGCCUGGUCAGUAUCCUUCAAGCGGAAUGAUGCAGCAGGGAGGACACUACAUGCAGUCUCAACAAGCUCAACAGAUGACACAGCAACAACUAAUGGCUGCACGUUCCUCCUUAUUGUAUGCUCAACAACUUCAACAGCAACAUGCUUUGCAAAGCCAGCUUGGUAUGAAUUCAAGUGGAAGUCAAGGCCUUCACAUGAUGCAUAGUGAAGGCACUAAUGUAGGAGGUUUUCCUGACUUCGGCCGUGUCUCGAAUGGAGACGGUUUGCAUGGUAGCGGUAAGCAAGAUAUUGGAAGCACAGCUGAUGGCCGCGGUGGAAGCUCUAGCGGUCACUCGGGCGAAACCCUUUACCUCAAAUCUUCAGGUGAUGGGAAUUAA